UAAAAUAUUGUCAGAAUGUAUAAAUUAGAUAAUUAAGGAGUAAAAUAGGCUAAAGGGGAGUUAGGGGAGAUUUGUGGAAUUUGUGUAGGUGACGUUGUUUGACAGAUGGGGUGUAAUGUAAAUUUUAUAAUAUAUUUUUUAAAAGUAAAUCAUGAAGUUUCUUAUUCUAAACUGUUUAAUCUUGUUUUCUCUGAUCUCCUCAGAGGCCACAAACGUCAAACUCGACCGAGAAGACCAAAACCAUCUCGUCCUACUCAACGAGAAAAACUUCGAAAAACUCACUCAAGCAUCCACUGGAGCUACCACAGGAACUUGGUUUGUGAAGUUUUACGCUCCUUGGUGUUCGCAUUGUAGGAAGAUGGCACCGGCCUGGGAGUCGUUGGCAAAGGCUUUAAAGGGUCAGGUGAACGUCGCUGACGUCGAUGUUACUCGGAAUCUCAACCUCGGUAAAAGGUUCCAAAUCCGCGGCUAUCCCACACUUUUACUCUUUCACAAGGGGAAAAUGUAUCAAUACGAAGGCGGCGAACGCACCGUAGAAAAAUUGUCAGAAUUCGCUCUAGGUGACUUUAAGAACGCUGUUGGCGCUCCUGUGCCGCAGCCGCUGUCACUAUUUGCCUUGGUGAGUGACUUUGUAGUCAGUGGCGUUAACGAGGCUCUUCGCGUGUACGACGCUGCACUUGCGGGAUUUGUCACCAUUUCCUCUUUUUCUUUCCUGUUUGGACUACUUGUAGGACUCAUGCUGUCGCUCUUUUUAUUCACCAGAAGAGCAACCAGGAAACCCAAAGUCCUCACCGAACGCAAAAAAGAUAAAUAACACACACACACAUAAUGUAUUAUACACACAUUCA